GACGCUAUAUAUUGUUAUAUACGUAUGUCUUUGACGAUAAUUCAGAUUAACUCUACGAGAGUACAGUGUGGAGGAGCAGUCGGUUGGUUGUAAAAACAACUGGUUCCGUUACAAGUAUAUCCCGCAACAGUGAGAAACAUUUAGCGGCGGCAAAAUGACGGGAUCUGAGAAUAUUUUCUUAUUUGUGCCCAACAUUAUUGGCUAUGGUAGAGUGAUUUUGGCUCUUAUAUCCUUUUACUUUAUGUCGACCAACCACAUCGUUGCAUCUUGGUGCUACAUUAUCAGCGCACUGUUAGAUGCAGUGGAUGGCCAUGCAGCAAGAUACUUUAAUCAAGGCACCAAAUUUGGUGCCAUGUUAGAUCAGUUGACCGAUCGUGUUGGUACUAUGUGUUUAUUGGCUACAUUAUGUGUACUUUAUCCGUCGUAUACCUUUUGGUUUCAAUUAAGCAUGGCCAUUGACAUUGCUUGUCAUUGGAUAUACUUGCAUACGUCUCUUUUGCAAGGAAAAACAAGUCAUAAAUUCGUUGAUAUGUCUGGAAACCCGAUUAUGAGAAUGUACUAUACUAAUCGUACAGUCUUAUUUAUUAUGUGUGCUGGUAACGAAGCUUUCUAUGCUGCCUUGUACCUUAUUCACUUUACCGAAGGACCCAUUUUGGUUGGUAUUAGUUUAUUUAGAUUAAUCAUAUGGCUCUCUGCACCUAUAGCAUUGAUUAAAACUGGUAUUUCAUUGUUACACGGAUAUGUAUCCUGUAUCAAUUUGAGCAUAAUCGAUCUUAAGGAAAGAGAAGAGCAGCUAAAAGUAAAUUAAGUCGAUGUACUGUUUAGCAUUUCCUAGUCAAGCUAAAUGUGAUUAAUUGAUCUUCCUAAUUUACCACUUAUUAUAUGCAAACAUGUGUUUACAUUAUAUUUUUUUACAUGUUAAUCCUACGAUUAAACUAAACUCCACCGACUAUUUUAAUAUGAAACAGAUCUACAGUGUCAGUUAUUGUUUAAUUUCUAUAUUAAUAACAACAAGCAUGCUACAAGCAUUAUAUUCCAGUUAUACCUAAGUCCCUAACCAAUUUAACUCUUUGAGCAGUGAGUUUUCAUAGUGCUAGCCGUCUACUUGGAGUGAGUCUUCUCGCGUGUUUACAUGUUUCUUAAACUCAAAAUACAAAUGACCAAAUAGUAAUUUGUAAAAAUAUCAAUGUCACGUGUAAAUUACAUGUUUUGGUGUAAAAUUCAAGAUAGGCGUGUACAAUUGUACUAUACCAGGCUAGCUAAGAUAUAGUUAAAAAUCUAUGUUUGUAUUGCUCAAAGUAUUAAAUGUUAAAAUUCCUA